AUGGCUAAGCGCACUAGGAGCUUGUCUACAUCAUCUCCCACGGCAUCUAUGAGGGGCGCUGUGGCGAAGAAAACGCGCUCGGACCUCAAAUUCCUCCCCAACAAGAUCGCGACGGUCAAUGACGCGGCCAAGGCCGACGCGUCUCCGCCCAUGCAACAGCUUCUCCUCGCCCUCCGCAACGCCCCGAAGAAAGCGUCAAAAGGAGAGUGCGUUGUGUAUUGGAUGCGAAUGGAGGACUUGAGGAUCAGGGACAACAGAGCUCUCUCUCAGGCUUCACAGCAAGCCCAACUUGAAGGCGUGCCGCUCAUAGCUCUGUUUGUUUUUAGUCCCCAGGACUAUGUGGCGCACGAUCGCAGUCCACGGAGAAUCGACUUCACUCUACGAAACCUCAAAAUCAUAAGGGCCGAGCUCGCGAAGCUGGACAUCCCCCUGUGCACUGUUACGCACAGUCCCCGAAAGGAAAUCCCAGCGUUCCUCCAUGACCUGUUUAGGAAGUGGAAGGCGACGCGCGUAUUCGCGAACAUGGAGUACGAAGUGGACGAGCUCCGACGCGAUCUUGCGCUUCUCCAGGUCGCCAACAAGGAGGGCAAGAUCGCUUGCGAAUUCGUUCACGACAAAUGUGUUGUCGCGCCUGGAGAUGUUAAGACCAAGGAUGGCAGAGGAUACACUGUCUACUCUCCCUUCCUUCGUGUGUGGAAACCGAUUUUGGACCAGGCGCAGGACAAUCACAUCUCUGAGGCCGAAGCGCCAUCCUCGAACGACAAGUCCGUUCGCUCCCAUCCAACCUUCUCCAAAUUGUUCGACGUCGAGGUACCUGACAGUAUAGAAGGCUUUGCGCUGGACCCUGAGGACAAAGAGAAAAUGUCGAAGUACUGGCAUGCAGGAGAAGAAGCGGCGCAUCAGAUGCUCCACCAGUUUUUGAAGUCUGCAUCUCACGCUUCCAAGCUUGGGGCAGUUAAUCCAUUAGAAGGUGAAGCAAAAGAAGUAAAAGAUCCAGGGAAGCAGAGUCGCCUGGGAAAGUACAAAGACGACAGAGACCGAUUGGACGCCGACUCGACGAGUCGUAUGAGUCCGUACCUUGCCGCCGGCGUAAUAUCCGCGCGCGCAUGCAUCCGCGAUGCUUUGAAGAUCUGCGGCACAAAGAAGGUCGACGCCAGCAGGGACACGGGAGUCGGACGGUGGAUCCAGGAGAUAGCUUGGCGCGACUUCUACACGCAUGUUUUGGCGCUCUUCCCGCGCGUGUCUAUGGGUCGGCCAUUCCAAGAGAAGUACGCCAAUGUGCAGUGGGAAACGAACGAGGACCACCUUCAGGCGUGGAAGGAGGGCCGCACUGGGGUCCCCAUCGUCGACGCCUCCAUGCGGCAGGCGCGCGAAAUGGGCUGGAUGCACAAUCGAGGGAGAAUGAUCGCAGCGAUGUACCUCACGAAGGACUUAAUGAUCGACUGGCGGCUGGGCGAGAAGUUUUUCAUGGAGACGCUGAUCGACGGCGACCUCGCUUCGAACAACGGUGGCUGGCAGUGGAGCGCAAGUACCGGCGUUGAUCCCGCGCCUUACUUCCGCAUCUUCAAUCCUUACACGCAGAGCCAGAAGACAGAUCCAAGAGGGCUGUACAUCCGUGCGUUUGUACCGGAACUGGCCAAGUUGUCGGGAGCAGACAUCCAUAACCCUUCAUCGGGAGUGGCUGACAAGCUGGGGUACCCGCGACCGUUGGUUGACCAUCAUGAGGCACGACAGCGUGCUCUCCGUCGUUACAAGGACAUCGGGUCGAAGUGA